AUGGCGCCACAAAGGAGAUGCGCCUGGAGCUGCCUGCUCGGCCUGCUGCAGCUCAGUCUGGCCUUAAGGGUUGAGCCAGCGCCUGGGAAUGCCUCCACCUUGCCGCCCGACUAUCGCGUAUCCCGUCCGCAGUCGAAGCAGCCUGCGCAGCGCGUGCCGCCACAUCUGCAGGACAUACGGCCGGGCUAUGUGGACGAGGAUGCGGGCGAUGUGAUACGCAUUAUUGAGCCGCCGCCGCACUUCCAACAGCUCAAGCGUCUGCGGCAAAGGCAGCCACAGCCACAGCCACAGCCAGGAAAACGGCCACAGGCCGUCGUCUGGGAGCAGCCGCGCAAGGUGAGCACAAAUCGACCUGUGCCGCCAGCCAGCGGGGAUCUCCUCACGCAGGAGACGCAGCUGGCAGCGCAGUUCGCCAAUCAGAAUCAGCUGCAGCUGCCGAUGGAAAUCCUCGCCUCGGUGCGCAAAACGGAGCGUCUUCUGCAGCGUCAGCGCCAGCCGCAGCAGCCGCCGCUCCGUCAGCGUCACAUCCAGCGCCAGACGCACACGCUGAUCGCCCAGAAAUCCCUCGAGCAGCAGCUCUACCAGCGCGGCCAGCAGCAGCGCCUGCGCGCAGCCCUGCGGCAGGGCCACAAGCGCAGCAAGCGGGUGAGGCGGCAGGCGGCGGGAGGGGAAGGCAGCUACGAUGUGGCGCACGGACUGCAGCUGGUGGCGCACAUUGGGGAGCUGCUCCAGAAUGCCACGCGCUACGUGCCCGAUGAGGAGCCCGAGAAGACGACGCCUGCGACAAAUGCGACAGACUGCGACAGUCGACGGCGACGCCAGCGUCUGUUCAGGCUGGGCGCAAAAAAGACGACCGCGAGGGGUCGCAACUUCCGGCAUGAGGCAACCACAACGACAACAACAACAACAACAACAGAGACAGCAGUCAAUUUGGAGACGACUUCCAGCUUAACAACUUCCGCAACUCCAUUGGCCAGCCGCUUGGUUAACUCACGCAAAUCACAAAAUAGCCGCAAUCAGCCGCCGCCGCAGCAGCUGCUCGCCUCGCCCUCCGCCCGCCUCGCUGCUCCCGCCGACUCCGUGCUCUAUGCGGAUGUCAUGGCAACCAUACGCAAUUUGUGGCAGGAGCACGAUCUGACCGCUGGCCCACAAUUUGUGGCCGCGCAGCAGGUGCGCAACAAUAGCGACUAUCGCGCCUUGGAUGUCUAUUUGAAGGAGCUGGAUGAGAUCGCCCGAAGGCUGCCCUCUGUGGCGCCCAUCACGACGCUCAAUCGGGAGGAGUUCGCGCUGGCCACGCCCACGCCCAGCUGGUAUCUGAUCAACAAGGAGGGCAUGAUCUAUGAGACGCGUCUGACAAGCGAAACGAGGCCAAGCUCCGCGCUCUUCCAUCUGUUUCCAGAUAUGCCCAAGGCAAAGGAUCCCAUCACGACGCUGGACCUGGAAUAG